AUGAAUGUUCUAUUAUGUUACAUCAACACAUUAAACAGAUUCUAUGAUAUAUCUGCUGUGGAAGUAGGUCAACAUUUCUAUUGGAAAAUAGGGGAUUUUCAAGUGCAUGCUCAAGUACUUAUUACCUCUUGGGUUGUAAUUGCUAUCUUAUUAAUUUCAACCAUUCUAGUUGUUAGAAAUCCGCAAACUAUUCCCACGUCUGGUCAGAAUUUUUUUGAAUAUGUCCUUGAAUUCAUUCGAGACGUGAGCAAAACUCAGAUUGGAGAAGAAUAUGGUCCAUGGGUUCCAUUUAUUGGAACUCUGUUUUUAUUUAUUUUUGUUUCGAAUUGGUCAGGGGCCCUUUUGCCUUGGAAAAUUAUAAAGUUACCUCAUGGAGAGUUAGUUGCACCCACAAAUGAUAUAAAUACUACUGUUGCAUUAGCUUUACUUACGUCAGUAGCCUAUUUCUAUGCGGGUAUUUCAAAAAAGGGAUUGGCUUAUUUUGGUAAAUACAUCCAACCAACGCCAAUCCUUUUACCGAUUAACAUCUUAGAAGAUUUCACAAAACCCUUAUCACUUAGUUUUCGACUUUUUGGAAAUAUAUUAGCGGAUGAGUUAGUAGUUGUUCUUCUUGUUUCGUUAGUACCUUUAGUAGUUCCUAUACCUGUUAUGUUCCUUGGAUUAUUUACAAGUGGUAUUCAAGCUCUUAUUUUCGCUACUUUAGCUGCGGCGUAUAUAGGUGAAUCCAUGGAAGGGCAUCAUUGA